AAGGCAGACUCUGUGUGACGUCAACAGAAAGCGACGGUCUGUGGUUUGUGUAUCGGCUGCUGAGCUAACAGCUGCACCAAAUGUGUUUUGGUUUUAUUAUGGUUCCCAUGUGGAGCUGUCAUGAGCUCUAGAUGCGAUCCUCUGCCUGGAUGAUGCAUCUCGCCAGAAAACAGCAGGAGGUUUAGAUGUAGCCCUCCACCUGCUCCAGCAGCUUUUUUUUUUAACACACUGUAUAUAUGUCUUAGUAACAUAUCAUUGUAAAUGAAAAUGAUAGAAAUUGAUUUAACUGGCUGCGGCUAGGAGUAUGUUUUUCUGGGCUGCUCAGACUAAUCAGACACCAGUAAUGUCUACAGUGUCAAACACUGUUUAUGAUCUCUUAAGUUAUUUUUGAUUACUUCACGUAGUCCGAGGGGCUUCAAUACUCUGGCAGAGCCAUAUUUAAAUAAUGCACUAUGUUAAACAUGUGUUACAUUUUCAACAGUAGUUUCAGUUAAACCUUGAAGUUGUGUUAAUGGGGCAGCAGCUGUCAGUCUCAGAAUUGGCCCUCCAGUCAGUUCUGCUGUGAAUCAGAUCUGACCCAUGACUGAGUACUACGAGGAGGGGGGGCUGCUGUACGAGCAUUCACCUCCCAUGCACAUCAAAGUGGAGUCUCCGGAGGGACCCUUUGGAGGGGGAGUCUCAGAAAACGGCUUCCCCAGGGAGGAUGAGGACUCGGAGGGCAGCUGUGACCAGAGCAGCGGGCUACCUGGGGGACUCCCCUUCAACGUGGUAGUGGUCCACCCAAACAUUAUGGCGCCUGGCAUGUCCUCAGACGAUCUCUUGUCAAUUGAACAAAACCGAGCCAUGUCAGCUGCACUGGCCGCUGGUGGUGCUGGGAAACGAAAGAGUCGUUUCAGUGGUGCAGAGCUGGAGGUCUUGGUGUCAGAAGUCACUCGUUGCGAAGGGGAGCUGUUUGGACCUGCAGGAAGACUCCGACGGCGUGAGAGGGAACGCAUCUGGGCAGGAAUCCUCGAAAGGGUCAAUGCUGUGUCCAGAGUCCCACGUACCCUUCGAGAGGUGAAGAAGCGUUGGGAUGACUUGAAGAGACGAAAUGGAGGUAGGCUGGCAGAUGCUCGACACCGCAGCUGUUAUCUCCCAUCCAGCAGAGGGGCCUCACUUCUUGGACGACCAUCUCAGACAAGCCCCAGACUUCAACAAGCCAGACAAAAGCAAAACACCCGACCCAAGCCCAGUUUCUCAUGCUUUCCUGACUCUGACACAGGUGUUGGAGUGGAGGGACCAGAAAGAGACGGUUUGGAGAAAGAGGAGGACAAUCCUGAGCGCGACAGAGAUGUGGGAGAGCCUGAAUGUGACCCAGUAGAAAACAGCAUGGAGGACAAAUUGGGUUUAGGACUUGGUCUGGGUAUAGGACCGCCCCCUCCAUCAGAACGAUGGCUGCCUCCUUCACCCCUUUACAGCGCUCCUUUCCUCAAUGGCAGCCCACAGCCUAGUAGCCCACAGCCAUCACUCGGAGCCCACCAAGGCCCUCUGGAAAUGCCACCACGUAGCUCAUGGCUUGAAGAUGAGCUCAGAGGGUUAGGGGAAGCAGCAAUUCAGCUGGGGAAUCGUGUAGAGAAGAGCUUGCGGGAAUUUGGGGAAGGUUUUAGACAGGACAUGAGAACACUUGUUGCCUCUCAAGAGGCACUGGCCAUCAGUCUACAACAAAAUAAUGUUCUGUUGCAAAGGUUGUUAGGAGUGCUGGAGGCCCAGCAACAGCAACAGCCACAGCAACAGCGUGCACAACAAGCACACCAAUCACAAACAUCUCAACAGCACUUACAGCCACAGCAGGCUCCAACACAGCUCCAACACACAGAACCCCAACAGAGGAUUGAAGCUCCACAGCAAACACAACUGCAACAACAACAACAGCAACCGCCGCCACAACAGCACCAAACACAAGUACAGCAGUCACAGCUCUCACAACAUUCAAACAAUCAGUCACCUGUCAGGGUGGCACCUGCACCGUCAUCACCUGACGUACACGGCACUUUUCCCUCUGAUCCACCCACAGACACAAAUGGGAGUGUGCAGAGGCCAAAACGAGGAAGAGCCCUGGAUCACAGACGCAGAAGACGACGCUGAACAGAAAAUCAUGAACAAAAACUCAAACAUCAGGCAUAUUUGGUGUGUCAAAAUGUGAAUUACAAAAGUAAUUAGUCUCUUUUUCUAUUGACAUCAAUUCUGUAGAAAUAAACCACAUUAUUUGGAGUAUUAUUUAUUACUCCAAAUCAUGUAAUCAUUUUACAGUUAAGUUUGUCUUCAGAGAGGACUGAAGUGGAUAUGAUAGUUAAACACAUGAGAUACAAGGGUGGCCUUAACUUUUACUCGGUUCCUUAGACGUACAUGUUCUUGUGAUAGAAGACUUCCAGAAAAACAGUUGCUCUGCGGCGAUAACUUCACCCAUGGGACUCAGAUUAUUUGGUCAAUAAGAAACUGUAGGUGCUGAUGUUUAAUAUGCAUGUCACCACACAUGUUUUGCAGCAGAGCUGUGAAGCAUGUGAUGCUCUUACUAGCUCAGUAUUGUCCAAAUGCUCCAGAUACACUACACUACAUUGUCAAAAAGUACUUGUAAGCUGCAGUUGUUCGCAUAUAUUAUAGAUAUACAGCUAUUGUAAUUACUCGCUAAUGUAUGCUUGUGCUUUUUUUAACAGUUUUAUGGUACAUAUUUUCCAACUUUGGUUGGAGAAUCAAGUUAGACUGUGUUAUGUUCAGUGUUUUAAGACAAAAUGUUGCAUUUUACAGGAUUGCCAGUUUUUGGUGAUAUGAUAAAACAAGAAUCCUUUGGGCAUAAGCAUCACAGUAGGCUACAGGCUUUUAAUUCAUAUGUUUCUGGUGGAAUAAAAGCAUACAUAAUAUGUAGGGCUAUUUAUUAUAAUCUUGCAUGCAGUAUGGUGGAUGUGUUUGUAGAUAGUUGCAAAGAAACAGAAUAUGGCCAUCAUCUACGUAGUUUUGCACAAGCUAUAUUUUGUAGAUAGCAACUGUUCAGAUGACAUGUAACUAAACUUUAAUAAAAGUUAGACAUGGACAACAAAA